GUGCGCUCCGCCCCCCAACGACACCGACGGGUUUAUCUACCCUUCCUCGCCCUCUCGUCGCUGAGCUACCCAGGAAGAAAAAAAAAAAAACUUCCCUCCGCCGCCGCCGCCUCCGCCGACUCCGACGCCGCCGCGGCUACAAGUACCAACCCCCCGCGCGCCCGCCACGCCGCUCCCUGUGGCCCACCGCCUCCUCGCCUCCGCCUCCUCCGCCGCGUCUUCUCUACGCGCACUCAUGGCGACCUCCGCGACCGCAGGGGCAGCAGCAGCAGUGGCCUCCCCGGCGGUGGCCCCGCGCGGCGCCGCCGUCGCGGCGGUGGCGCGGCGAGGGUUCGUCUCGUUCGGCGCGGCGGCGGCCGCGCGCUCGCGCGCGGUGCGGUCCGGCGGCUUCUCCGGCGUGCAGACCCAUGUUGCAGCUGUUGAGCAAGCACUUGUGCAAGAUGCUACAAAGUUGGAAGCUCCAGUUGUUAUUGUGACCGGUGCCUCCAGGGGGAUUGGAAAGGCGACUGCAUUGGCUCUUGGAAAAGCUGGGUGCAAGGUCCUGGUGAACUAUGCCCGAUCCUCAAAAGAGGCUGAAGAAGUCUCCAAAGAGAUCGAAGCAUGUGGUGGUCAGGCUAUUACCUUCGGGGGAGAUGUUUCAAAAGAAGCCGAUGUGGAUUCUAUGAUGAAAGCAGCUCUUGAUAAAUGGGGAACAAUUGAUGUGCUGGUAAACAAUGCAGGAAUUACCCGAGACACAUUAUUAAUGAGGAUGAAGAAAUCACAAUGGCAAGACGUAAUUGACCUGAAUCUUACUGGUGUUUUCCUCUGUACACAAGCUGCUACAAAAAUAAUGAUGAAGAAGAAAAAGGGAAAAAUCAUCAACAUAGCAUCAGUUGUUGGUCUUGUUGGUAAUAUUGGCCAAGCUAAUUACAGUGCUGCCAAGGCUGGGGUUAUUGGUUUGACGAAAACAGUAGCUAGGGAAUAUGCAAGCAGAAAUAUCAAUGUGAAUGCAAUUGCACCUGGUUUCAUUGCAUCUGACAUGACUGCUGAACUUGGAGAGGAUCUUGAGAAGAAAAUCUUGUCAACCAUCCCAUUAGGGAGAUAUGGCAAACCAGAGGAGGUUGCUGGCUUGGUUGAGUUUUUGGCUCUCAAUCCUGCGGCCAACUACAUCACGGGACAGGUUCUUACCAUCGAUGGAGGGAUGGUGAUGUAGGUCGUAACGCUUGACAGAGAAAGGAUUGUUUUACAUAAUGUUUGCAAAUGAUUUUGGACUACAGAGUUAGGUCUUUCGUCCCUUGAUUUGUAAACACCAGUGAAUAAAAUUAGGUGUUGGAAGUUCAGAUACGUGUUUGAA